UCCAAGAUGGCGAACGAUUAGCCGUUGUUAUCCUAUUGUUUAUACUACGCAUCUUGACACAUAGCAACGUUUUAUUUCACACUGUGCCAUACCACAGGUCAUACGUAAACGUGUCCUUAGAAAGUGAGAAUGUCGCGUAAGCCAGCAGGGCAUAAAACAGAUGAAAAUAUAUCCGAAAAAGUUCGUAAAAUGAAAGAACGACAAAGAUUAUGGAUGGAAGAGAGGGAAUCUGCGAAACACUCAGACAGCUCCAAAAAAUCUUCUCGGUCACCGUCUAAUGGUCUUCAAUCAAGAAAAAAACAAACUAAUGAUAAUGGGAGUAAAAACAAUAGUCUAGCAUGGAUAUCUAAGGACGAUUACCAGGUGUCAAGUAGAAAGCAUGGGGGAAAAAAUAGUCGCGGUGGUAGCAGUAGCAGAGAUUUAUUGUCUAGAGAAUCUGGUUACGGUUCUCCGCCUUCUUUAAAUAAUAAACGUAACCUUGACAGCAAUCGCUCCCGCGAAUCGCGACGAUCUGAAACUUCUAUCGCAGGAUAUGAUGAUGGACAGCAUAAGUCCACCAGGGCUCCAAAUUCUCCAGUUGGUAAUCAGUAUAGUUCGUUGAACAAUAAUCGUACUACAACUGAGCUAGGAGCGGAUUCGUUUAAUAAUCUUGCCGAUAAAAUAGCGGAACGGUUGCAAGUGAAAGAGCAGAAAAGACAGGAAACAAAUGAACCGGUUGCAACUGGUCAUAAAAGUGAAAAACCAAUGUCAAGUCAUAUAUGUUCAGGUUGUCACAACCUAAUGGCUUCACCCCAUUCUCCAGUGGCAAUCAUACCUUGUGGACACACAUUUUGUCAGAUAUGUGUUUCAGAGUACUCCAAGUGCCCACAAUGUCAGUCAGAGGUAUUCUCAACAGCACCAAAUACAGUCAUGCAACAGAUUAUUGAAGACUUCAGAAAGAAACAAGAGAAAGAAAGACUUCAUCAAUUAGAAGAACAGACAAGAAAAUAUGUUGAGGAAUAUCAGAAUUUGAAUUUAAGAUGUGAAGGUUUAGCAGAUGAAGCAGACAGGAUAUUAAACUCCAUGGAAUCCAUAACAGAGGAUAUUUUAAAAGAAAAAAGAGUGGCGAGAAAGCUAGAAAAGGAAAACAGUGAUGUUCAAAAUAAGAUAAAAGAGUUAGAAUUAGAAUUUCAUCAAAACGAGGAACUCGUAAAAGAAUCUUCAUCCAAUUGUCAUGCUUUAGAAAAGAGCUAUGACGAAGAAAAAGACAAAUUGACACUGAUAGAAGAAACAAUUAAAACAAUUAGAAAUAGCAAGGAGAGAGCUAAAAUAAUGAUUCAAAAUUUAGCUCCUAAUCUAAAACUUGACGAUACAUUUUAGUUAUGAUAGUUACCAUGUGAAAAAUGUACAAGAUUUAAAAAAUA